AUGGUGCCCACUCGGAGUCCUCGACAUGUGUCUUCUUCAAAGCUCCGACGCGACUUCGCGCGUGGCUGGUCGAACCAGCGGCGUUUGGUGGCUCGGACUGCAGAGGCUAGUGUUGAAAGCGCGCUGGAUGCUCUCUUGUCCGUGCAGAACUGUGAGUUUGUGCAAUACUACAGCGCAUGGCACGGAAGUCUUGCAUCUGCUGAACCCAAGAAGCCGAAAGUACAGCGACAGCGGGACAUCUUUCCUUUGCCUCCGCUUGGUGAAUUGCCCCUCGAUGCACACAUCUGUCACAGUACAACUUGCCUCAAGCUCACAAACCUUUGUUUGGCAGCAUUGAAUGCACUUGCUAGCGACAUGCGACCCAAGAUCACAAUCGGCGACAGUGCGCCGACUGCUGCUCAAAAAAGUGUGCAAGUGCAUGUUGCCGGCCGAUGCAACCGCUUGCUUCUGCAGUUUGCCGCGGCUGGGGGGUCUCCUUGGCGAGGCAGCUUUCAGCACUUCGAGGAGACGCCCUCCAGCAAGCAUCCACGAAUGCAGGCAGACGCCGUCGACUUGCCAGCCAAGGCCGCCACUUGUGACCCACUGGAGCUGCUGCCGGCGGAGCUUGCUAGCGCCGUUGUGAGUACAGAGAAGUUGUUCCCAAAUCCUGUGCCAACCCCCUGCCGGCCAUGUGGUGGCCAGGAUGCGGACCGCGAUGAGUACAUCAAGUUGGUGCUGCGUCAGCUGGAGUGUGGUAAGACGGUCCUAAGACGUGAUUGCCAAGCUGUUGGUGAUGUCUUUUGCGUGCAAAAAGCUUCGCCAAGCAAGCAGCGUGAGGUCUGGAACGGCUCGUUGGUGUCGCAGGCUGCCGCUCCUCCACCAAAGCCGUACAAGCUGGCCAAUCCUGGGUGCUUUGUAGACUUGUGCUUCCAAGACGGAGAAGAGGUUUUCAUGUCCAAGCGGGACAUCCACACCUGUUUCGACGUGCUCAAAGCUCCUGAAAACCUGCAGCAGUGGUUCGGCAGGCCGCCCGUGAGCUUACAAGAGCUGAGCCGUGUUGGCAAGGUGCCUUGGCGUACUUUGCAGAAGUAUGUCGCUGGCAGCUCGGGCCAAGGUCUUUCGCGCUUCGCACUCCUGUACCCCACGAGCACCGUGUGGCCCAUGGGCUUUAGCUGGAGUUCGUGUGUGGCGCAGGCUUGCACAGUGGCUUGUUGUGUGGAAGCAGGAGUGAACAACUCGGACUUCCUCACGCUGGACUCUGCUCCGCCUUAUGGGCAGGAGGCUUGCGGGGUUGCCACGGACGACACGUUUUUCUUUCACAAGGACAGACGUCUUGGUCAAGAGCGGCUGCGCAGGCUAGACGCAGUUCUUGACUCACGCGGCUUACCCAAAAACAGUGCCAAGGAUGUUACCCUUCAAACGUCCAUGACGGCUCUGGGCUGUGAGCUCACUUCGCAACCGCCAGCCGUGGAACCGUCGGCCUCGAAGCUGCGCCUACUUUUUACAGGUUUGGUGGACGCUUGCGUGACAGGGCGUGCCACGCCUGCCGGAUUGGGUAGACUGCUUGGGCUGGCGCAGUGGUUCUGUCUGCUUCUUACGAGACCCAUGUACAGCAUAUUCGAUGACGUCUACAGCUUUGUGCAAAGAGAACCGGCCUGCAGAGUUCAGGCUUUCCCUGCCAAGGUGAUCUCGGAGCUGGUGGUGACUGCUUGCUUGCCGCGAGUUCCUGCCAAAGCUCAUCGCUUGUGA